GCACUAUUUAGAGAUAAGUCUCCGGAACGCCCCAAAAGGCAGACGGUUGUGUGUUGUUGUGUGCUGACUGCAGCUUCAGUCAGGGAGCAAAGAUGUCGGCCACGAUCCUCGAGAAGCAGGACAAGCGUCUCUACGCGGACGAUACGAUGCCGCUAUGUCCGACGAUAGUGCAAUACCGGAGCGUAGGAUCGCAUGUGGAGUACGAGAUACGUGUACACAAGCUGCUCACCCCCGAAAACGAGUGGACAGUUCAGCAUCGCUACAAUGACUUUGCGGCUCUCCAUCAGGCCCUUUGCGUGGGGGGCGUGUCCCUCCCCCUCCCUCCCAAGAAGGUAUUCGGGAACACGGAGCGACAGUUUGUUCAGGAGAGGCAAACCGGUUUGCAAAACCUGCUGGACGAGAUCCUCAAGAUCCAGCUCCUCGGCACCAGUCUCGAGACACGGAGAUUUCUAGACCCCCAUGGAUACUCUGAAAAUUUUUACGAGAGUGCGUUGAGAAACGUGUCUAUGUUUUUCCGGUCGGAGCCGAAUUGGCAAGUUGUGGAGCCGCUGCGGAACAUCGGGUGGCGGUUUAGGAAACAGUAUUACCUCAUCACGAACAAGACGGACUCUCGCGGAGGGAAACACAUCCUCUCCUGGUGUGAACCAGGACCAGACUUCUCUCUGAGCGAAAGGGAACUUGAGGCAGCACUGAAGGUGUUGGGAGACAUCAGACAUCCCCAUAUAAUGCCCACCGUGACUGCCAGUUCAAACGGAGUCGGUGUGAUGACAGUUCGACAGUUCUGCGUCACUGGAUCGCUGCGUGAUCUCAUACACGGCUCAAGACCACAGGGUCAUGUGAUCCAGAAGUGCAGUUCCCCGGGGCGACCUCUGGACGUGGGGACUAUCAAGAGAUAUGGUAGACAGGUUCUGGAUGCGUUGGCUUUCCUGCAAGACAAGGGGUUUGUGAUGGGACAUGUUCAUGCAGGCAACGUACUUGUGGACAAAUCACAGCACAUCUGCAAACUGGUAGACAUAGAAAAUUCCCUUCUCGGAGUGCCCACAAUGCACAGAGCCCAUCUCCUGGAGAUCAGGAAGAUAUACACCCAUGAAGCUGAGACGGCCUACUGUUUUGGUCAUAUGCUGUACGAGAUGUCCACUGGGCGGAGCCUCAACACUGCUCUAAUGGACGAACAGUGCAUCUCCGUCCCUCCCGCGGUCCUGCCUGUGUUGGACUCUCUGCUGAGUGCCAAGGGGAUAAAGGCUGGUCUUCCUACCAUUGCAGAUCUGUCUUCUACUCCUCUCUUCUCAGAUGUUGCAGUCUCAUACAUUGAAAAGCCUUCCAUGAAGGUUCCUAGUAAGCUGAAGGAGGUGCUGAAAGGCCACGUAGAGAAGGCGGAGAUGAGGCUCCAUGAUCAGCAGAGGAGACUGGCUCAAAAGAGACGUCUCUCGCGGGCUCAGGACUCAGUCAUGUCAGAGGACGAGAAGAAGAAGAGAAAGAAGAAACUCAAGAAGCAGAUGAAGUCAGUGGACGAGGGAGGUGAGGCAGAGGCUUAUCCAACCACUGCCAUUCUUCCUCGCUCCAACACCACCAUUGGUACUGUGCUCGCUCCAAACUUUCAUAUUUUCCCCUAUCUCACUAUAAACAUUUGUCCUCCCCCCAUCUUGCUCCAAAUUUACCCAUUUUCGCCCACCCCCUUGUGGUGUUCCUCUACACCAGGAGCGACGUCAGUGAAAGCUCCGAAGCAGAAGUCGACCUCACAACCCAAUGGCCCCUCCUCCUCUACCACCGCCACUGGUACCACAACCACUACCAAACAGAAAGCCAAAUCACCUUCCUCCGCCCCGCCCCCUCAGUCGCAGCCAGCUGCACCCCAGCCUCCUCCAGCAAGCACCGAGAGAGGUUCCCUCCUUACUUCUAUUCACGGUUUCAACAAAGGGAAGCUGAAGAGAGCAGAGACAAACGAUAGAAGUGCUCCCAAAGUAUAACCACAACUUGUAUUUAUCUUUUAUAUCACUAUAAUUAUACACCGACUGUUUGGGUUUUAUUAUAAGGUUCUGUUCCGUAUUACACUAAAAAAGAAAAAUGACAUGACGGUGCAGGCAAAAAUUGGAACAAAACAAACAACAUGUCUAGUUUGGUAGUAUAAUUCUAUUACUCUUGUUUCUUGAUGACAUCCAGUUGUCGUAAGUAAGUGACGGCCUGGAUGAAAAAGCUGGACUCUGGAUUGGUGUAAUGGUCGUAAACCAGGAACGUCAUGGCAAACAUGACAAGCAGGAGACAUAAGCUGAGGAGUGAGCUCCAGAUGGGGGAGGGAGGAGGGGGUUGGGGGGUCCGCGGGUGUAGCGUUUUAGACGAGGGAUCCCCUUGAGAGGGAGGUGGGCGUGGCUUCGUUGGCCGUCCCAUUGACCGUGAACCUUUCUGUGCCGAUUGCUUGGCUCCACCACCAGCUGGUGUCUUUGAGGGUGAUGAGGGCUUUGGUUUCUUGAGGAGGUAGCUGGACUCUACGUGUCUUGUGGGAGUGGAGUAGGUCCUGUACACCACCUGCUGACUCUGCAAGUGGAGGGAAAACACUGUCACCUCUGUAUAUAUACAUACACUCAGACUCAGACUGAUUAGAACAAUGAUGUAAAUUAUGGGGGAGGAACCAGGCCUUAUUUUCUGUACCGUCACCACUGAAGGUAGAAUCACCGCAGUCAUCAGCACCUUGGAAGUUGAGGAAGUGUGAGAACGCAGUCUCGGCUCUGCCAGAGCCCCAGCUUCUUCUUCCCCCUCCUCCUCCUCUUCCUCCCCCUCGUCUUUCUCCGUCUCCUCCACAUCAGUCUCUCCCUCACUGGACUGAGAGGACCACUCCCCCAAGUGGUCUGUCCCAUAGUCCACUGACUCCGGUGGUCGACUCCUCCCCUCAUCAGAUGCCUUGGUCUUCUGGGCCACAAGUCUUGCCAGCUUCUUCUGGUACAGGCCUCUGGUUGAGUCCACUAUGGGCCCAGGGUUCUCUCCAUACUUCCUGAGCUCCUCCAGCAACUCUUCGUCGCUUAGUUGAACUACUUCUGCCAUGUAAGCGGUCUGGGACGCCGUCUUUGUCGUUUGUCGUUUUCCCGAGAGCCGCGGGCUCUGUCGAAUAACUUCCUCGUCCGAGGAGAACUCUGCCGCCUUUUUCCGUUGAGGUCCGCGCCGUUUGCUCAUUUUGCAGCUGCACACCGGCUUCGAAGAAAAGUUGGAGACAAAAUAAUUCCCGCUCUUUCCGUAUACUCUCAGAUUACGGA